AUGCCACCAUUCUCCGCUUCGUCAUCCCUUACACUGAGAGCCUUACCAAUCCGGCCUACACCAUUUACCCUCAGAAGGUCGCUGCAGAUGGUGACUACGACUACCACCACGGACGGCGGCACCAUGUAUUUCGGCUGGACGGGAGUUAACAGCAAUCCUGGCACUGCGAACGAAACCGUUCUUGUCGCAAACUUUACCACAGUGGGAGCCUUUGCUAUAACGGGAACAAGUGCUCUGGGUACAUCAGAAGCGGAGAGCUUGGUGGAGGCACACUGUGCCGCCGUCAACACUCCCCCGUACUUUUUUCCCCUGCCUGUGGAGCAGAAACCCGGGCCAGUUCCUUUGGCUUGGAAGAUGAACAAGACGAUCACACCCAUCGGCCCUUCAACUGUAGAUGCGCGGAGUGUGGUGGUAUUCCCAAGGAAGAGGCAGAUGUGGGUUAGUUUUAUGUCGGCCUUCGGAAAGGAGAUGAGUGCGUCUGCUGUGGUCGUGAGGCUCCGCUUGUCCCUCAGGCCCAAGCGCAAGUGGCGACCGUUCCGGGUGUUUUUGGAGCGGUUCAAAGUGGUGGGAGUGGGCGGAGGUAACAGCCUCAUUCAGCCCACCGUCGCUCUCAACAGGCACGGCGUGGGCAUCAUAGCAGCGUCACUGGCAGGGCGAUCCUUCUACCCCUCAGCUGCCUAUGGCACUCUCAACGCCAAUGUGGAUAUCGGCCGCGGGGUCGUUACUGGCCCGGGGAAGGCGCCUCUCGACGACUACUCUGCAACGAUUGACGAGGAGGGCAACGCGUGGGCGGCAGUGCAGUAUGUGCUGGGGCAGCCACGCACCGAGUGGAGCAACUGGGCUACCUUCGUCUUCAAAGUCGACCUGCAGGGGGGGGAGGACGGGGGGAAUGGGGGGGAUGGGGACGGGGGGAACGGGGACAGCGGAGGAAAUGGGGAUAAUGGGGGGAAUGGGGAUAACGGGGGGGAUGGUGAUAACGGGGGGAAUGGUGAUAAUGGGGGGAAUGGGGAUAACGGGGGGAAUGGGGACAAUGGGGGUCACGAGAGGAAGUAG